UCCAUUAUCUGUCAUUCGAGAAAAACCCGUCAGGAUAAUUCCUAGUGUUUACACCUCGCGUUAAAUAAAUCAUAGUAGAUGUUUCGGUCCGGAGAUAGAACUCUCUAAGCAAGUCACCAUUUCGUCCCCGACAAACAAGCGGAGCCACAUCCACUAUUAUUUCUACAAAAAAAAGAUGAAUACCAUGGCAAAUCACGCAGAUUUUAUGGAGCUGGGGACAAUCCAUCAGCAUCAAUCGACUUGCAAGCAGCACUGUUUCGUGUUUACCGAGAUUGGUGACAUCGAUUUGCCACCGGAGAUUACUAAGUACCCUGAGAAGAUCAAGAAUGGGAGCAUCCAUUCGUACAAAAAGGAGGCCAGUAUGUCACCGCCACCGCCGAAAGUACCCACGGGUAAGAAGCGGUCGCGAAAAAUAAUUGCCAUGAUUACUGCACUUGUGGUGUGCGUUGCGUUAGCAGCGGGAAUACCUCUAGGGCUACAGCUGAGAUCUUCGUCGCUCCUAGAAGCUCGACUAGCGUUUAUUCGACGUCUUCUAACCGAAUCACCAUUAGUUGAAGGAUAUUGGGCUCCUCAGCUAGGGUCUAAUUUUAGCAAGAGUUAUGCCGAAGUUAAAAAUAGCAUGGUGGGAGCACUGUUGUGGCCGAUAUCAGUUCCCUGUGCAGCACAGUACUUGGAUGCCGUGCAGUUAACACUGGAAGGCAUAGACGAUGCGCGCCGGAUGGUAAAGAAAAAUCCUGAAAUGGUGAUCGUAGAAAGUGCCGAUGGGAUGGAAGUGGCACACAACGACGGAAAGUUAGCUAUUUUAUUCGGACUGGAAGGUGGUCACACUCUGGGCUCAAGUUUGGCGGUUCUUCGCUCGAUGUAUUCUCUUGGAGCCCGAUUUGUUUCGUUAACUGGGUUGGGCUGUACGACUCCGUGGGCCAGUGCAUCCAUUCGGACGGAUUAUUUCGACGAAAAUCUUCCUUCGACUUUGACGAACUUUGGAGAGGUUAUGAUCCAAGAAAUGAAUCGUCUGGGAAUGUUAGUGGAAAUUUCACGCCUCUCCGAGCCGGCCAUGAUGGUUGCACUGAACGUCGCCAAAGCUCCCCUGCUGUUGUCCAACGCUCUUCCUUCGUCGAUGGCUUGCAACGGCUCUACGGCGGCCGUUCCCGAUCAUAUUCUAAGCGCUCUUUCUCAAAAUGGUGGUGUUCUGAUGUUGAACGUUGAACGAUGCGGCGAGAAGCCGAUGUCCCUGAAGGAUGCGAUAAUCGCCAUUAACUACAUACGGGCCAUAGCCGGAGUGGAUCAUGUAGGUUUGAGUGGAUCGCCUAAAAAUUAUCCGCUGCUUCUUGCUGAAUUAGCCAGGGAUCGGCUCUGGGGGUCUGCAGCGAUUAAGAAACUGGUUGGUGGUAAUAUAGUUCGAGUUUUGAGAGAGGUUGAGGUUAGUAAAAAUCGACUGCCCCUGUCUGAGGAUUGGAUUCCCGUGGAAGCCAUAGAAGGUAAUGCGUACUGCCGCUAUCCAGAAACAUAAUUGGACGACUCCAAUGUGGUAAAUCCUGUUUUCGUAAAGAUUAUUAAAUAAAGAUUCUUCCAAUAGAAGUGUUUAACGAAAUAUUUGCACAACCAUUCAACAAACAAUAUACUAUGUGUUAUAGAACCAAACAAAAUCGAUUGAAUAGUUUUCAUUGUUGUGAGUCCUAAGGACUUUAGAAUCACAGAUAAAUCACAAAUAUCGACAAAAGAUAUUUUGCAAUUGCUUGAUAUGAGCCAAACGUACAUGUAAAACAAUAAAAAAUACCGUGUAUCGAUUCCAAUCAGUGAUGCUACGGAAUCAAAUUGACUAAAGAGAUUUAGUUCGUAUGUUGAGUAGAACUAAUAAUAAACAGAAGACAUUACA